UCGGAUUGUCUAUUGUUGACCGUUGGAUGAGUCAUCAUCUAGUCAUCUCCUUCCUUCCCUGGAUGAGAGUGAAGUAAAUAUCCUUAUUGUUCAAUUUUCGCAGUAAAUGAUAAGCUCAGUCUGAGAUUUCCCCAAAAAUAUCAUCGGAUCUUCCGAGACUUUCCUACGUGCCGGUCACCUUCAAAAGCCCAAGCUCAAAAGUCAAAACUGUACGAGUCUGUGUAACCUUUUUGACCGGAACUCCCCGGUUUCCGGACAGCCCACUAACCUCACGCCAUCGCCUUCUAUAUAAGCCGUCCUGUUGGGUCAAACUUCUACUGCUUUCACAUCUUCAAGACUUCAACUUUAUAUUUUUGUUGCGUUCGAAGGCUCAUCUUCGUUAAUUACGAGAUUUUUAGGUUCGUCAUCAAUUCUGUUUGGUUAUUAUCUGGGAGGUUUCUGAAAAUAUCCCACAAUGUCACCUACCCCUUCGGAUGCACCUCAAAAUGGAAAUGCAAAACAUCAUGAAUCUGGCUCGUUAUUUGAAAUUGGAGAUUCUGAUUUGGCUAGAUUAUUGGAAAGGCCGAGGCCUUUGAACAUAGAAAGGAAGAGAUCAUUUGACGAAAGAUCCUUCAGUGAACUGUCCAUAAGUCACUCUCCACCGAGGCAAAUAUACAGAAAUCCUGAGAACUCGUCUCGUGUUUUUGACCAUUAUGAUGGUAUGUACUCUCCAGGAAGAAGGUCUACCAUAAGUACUCCUAGAUCGAUUUAUACUUUUGAGCCGCAUCCCUUAAUAGCUGAGGCGUGGGAAGCCUUGCGGCGCUCUAUCGUUUCCUUUCGAGGGCAACCAGUUGGGACUAUAGCAGCACUCGAUCAUUCUACAGAAGAGCUAAACUAUGAUCAGGUAUUUCUGAGGGAUUUUAUCCCUAGUGCCCUAGCUUUCUUGAUGAACGGUGAACCUGAAAUAGUAAAAAAUUUUCUUUUGAAAACCCUUCGCCUCCAAUCGUGGGAGAAGAAGGUAGACAAGUUCAAGUUGGGGGAAGGAGUUCUGCCGGCUAGUUUCAAAGUACUCCAUGACCCCGUUAGGAACUCUGAGACUAUAAUUGCAGAUUUUGGCGAGAGUGCUAUCGGUAGAGUUGCUCCCGUUGAUUCAGGCUUCUGGUGGAUUAUAUUGCUUCGCGCGUAUACAAAGUCUACAGGGGACACUUCCUUGGCCGAAUUGCCCGAAUGCCAAAGGGGUAUAAGACUUAUCCUGACCUUAUGUCUUUCUGAGGGAUUCGAUACCUUCCCGACCCUGCUGUGUGCUGAUGGCUGCUCUAUGAUUGAUCGCAGGAUGGGAGUUUAUGGAUACCCUAUUGAAAUACAAGCCCUUUUCUUUAUGGCAUUACGAUGUGCCCUGCGUCUGCUUAAGCACGACGAAGAAAGUAGGGAUUGUACUGAUCAAAUAGUUAAACGACUUCAUGCUUUAAGCUAUCACAUGAGAAAUUACUUUUGGCUGGACAUUAAGCAGCUCAAUGAUAUAUACCGUUUCAAGACAGAAGAGUACUCGCACACAGCAGUAAACAAGUUUAACGUGAUGCCAGACUCUCUUCCAGAUUGGGUGUUUGAUUUCAUGCCAACUCGAGGCGGUUACUUCAUUGGGAACGUAAGUCCAGCGAGAAUGGACUUCCGUUGGUUUUGCUUGGGCAACUGCAUUGCAAUCUUGUCGUGUUUGGCUACACCCGAGCAAGCCUCGGCCAUAAUGGAUCUCAUUGAAUCCCGAUGGGAAGAGCUAGUCGGGGAAAUGCCUCUAAAGAUCUGUUAUCCAGCCAUGGAAGGUCACGAGUGGAGAAUUGUGACUGGAUGUGAUCCAAAGAACACCAGCUGGAGUUACCACAAUGGUGGAUCUUGGCCAGUCCUGCUAUGGCUUCUCACAGCAGCCUGCAUCAAGACGGGCCGACCCCAAAUCGCGAGAAAGGCCAUUGAGCUGGCCGAAUCUCGCCUUUUGAAGGACAACUGGCCUGAAUAUUACGACGGGAAACAUGGGCGCUACAUCGGGAAACAGGCCCGGAAGUUCCAGACGUGGUCAAUCGCAGGUUACUUGGUGGCAAGGAUGAUGCUGGAAGAUCCAUCUCACAUAGGUAUGAUUGCGCUUGAGGAAGACAGGCAGAUGCUGCCUCAGAUGAAAAGAUCUUCUUCAUGGAUGUUUUGAUGUUUACUUUCUUCUGUAAACAUCAAAACAUCCAUGAAGAAGAUCUUUUCAUAUACCUAUACUUUAUCUACAGACAGACUGCACAUCCUUAAUGUACAUUUUACUGUCUUUUUUUAAAACAACCACGGCUAUCGAACAAUGGUGUAUGUUGCUCAUUGAGACGAGUUCAUAGUCUAAAUUUUCGUGACAAGUAUGACUGUUUUACGUA